UGAAUGCCUGACAGUUGGGAAUUUGUUGGGACCGCUGACUCAGCCACGUGACACCUGGACUCGGCAGUCAUCUGACCAAUCACUUGAUCUGCUCAUCCAGCCGGACUAUAGACUUUCUUCUGCCCAUCUUCCCUCCAUCAGACAGACCAGAUGGUUCAGGGUGAUGCUUUCUCAUGUUCAAACCCUUGUCAAUGUGAUCGAUUGGCAUUCUGCAUCGUCCAGACCGCAAUAUGCAGGUCUGUCUAUCCCUGCGGUUAAAAUGACCGCUUGUAUUUACCCAGACAACACAGCGGACGCCACAUAUACAGGGACAUCCCACAAACAUGUCCCAUAAAGGUUGGCCAUGAAGGCUGGCUCCACAAGACUUGCCCUAUCGUGCGACACCUUGCAUGCUACUAUUGAACUUGAUAACAUGGACGUGCAGUGAGACUGGUCGGGGAUGUGGCUUGGUGUGGUUUCACAGGCGACUUACCUUACCUACGAUGGUAGGAGCAUAAUCUCUUGUCGGGUGGCUUACCUGACAUCUUUCAUGUCUGCUACUUUACUCAAUCAAGGCUGACAUCUCUCAUCUCACCAUCUCUUAUUCUGAUCUCUUGUAAACGGCCAUCCUAUCUCUUCCAGGAGAAACUCAACAUGAAAGACAGUCAAUCCCUCAUCCAAUGGGCUAGGAUUUUCGCCCAGCACAAAAGCAUCGAGUUUGUAUGGCUCCAAUUCGUGAACAACAGUGGCAACACGCUCGUCCGUAUUCUUCCAGUAGCCAAGUUCACGAGCAUGCUCCAGACAGACAGGCUGCUUACCCUCGCACAAGCAAUAUGGUACCUCGUGCCAGGCGAUACCAUCGCCGAAGGCGGCACACCAUCAGAGGCAUUUAGCCUGCUACCAGACUUGAACACAGCGUAUAUACAGCCCGGAUCCCAGGGAACACGAUUGCUUGUUCAAUGCGACUGCGUGCGCAAGAACGAUUCAACCCAGCAAGCGCCAGAGUGCGCGCGCACCCGUCUGCGCCUCUUGGACGACACCCUCAAUCACCAGCUGGGGGCUGCGAUUCGCGUCGGAUUCGAAGUAGAAGUCAUCUUCAUGCGACCUCAGAAACACUCACAAGCCGACGGAUCCACGAAGACGACCUACGCCCCAACGGGGCUCUUGCACACCUUCUCCAACGUCACACCCGAAGACUACGAAUACCUCGACCUCGUCGAGGCCAUAUCACGCGCGCUCGCCGAUGUCGGCGUCCCGCUCGAGCUCUUCCACGCCGAAGCCGCUCCAGGCCAGUGGGAGUUCGUGCUCCCGCCCGAGCGCCCCGUUCAAGCAGUCGACAUGCUAGUCAAAGCCCGCGACGUCAUCCGCACCGUGGCGCGCUCAUUUGGCCUACACGCCACGCUCCACCCACGGCCCUUGCCAGGACAUGCAGGCACAGGAUCCCACGUUCACAUGUCCGUCAACGACCCAGCCACGGGGGCCCCCUCACCAGCGGCACAAGCCGAGCCGUUCUUCGCAGGCAUCCUAGCACACCUGCCCUCGGUUCUGGCAUUCACGUUAUCCCAGGAAGCAAGCUACUCGCGCGUCGCGACGGGCCUCUUCAGCGGCGGUGAAUAUGCGUCCUGGGGGUGGGAGAAUAAGGAGAUAGCGCUGCGGCGGAUCGAGGACAACCGGUUCGAGCUGAAACUGUUGGACGGGCUGGCGAACCCGUACCUGGCGCUGUCGGCACUGCUGUCGGCUGGGAUAGACGGCCUACGGGAAAAGAUGGACCUCACUGCUGGGCCGAGCGACGUGGCGCCAGCUCUUCUCUCGCAGGAUGACAGGAAGAAAUUGGGGAUAACGGUUCAGUUGCCGCAUACGCUUGAGGAGAGUCUAGCUGCGCUUGAGACGGACCAUGUUAUAUGCGAGUUGCUAGGGCGUAAGCUGAUAUAUCCGUAUGUGUGUACGAAGCGAGGGGAAGACAAGGUGCUUGCCAGUAUGGAUGCUGAGGAGAGGCGGAUGUGGAUCAUUUCUAGAUACUAGGUGUAAUCUGUUAAUCCCGGGAUGUAGAUGGAGGGGUCUCAGUGGUUACGUGACGUCAAGGUCAUCGAGGGUCAGUUUGUAAGAGAAGCACAUGGUGUGGGAAGGGCCAUCGCGCGACGAUCACUGGGACUCCGAUGUUUGUACGACUUAUGUACUAGUACUACUAGUACUAGAAUAUAAAAGAAUAGUUAACUGGUUU